GGUACUGAAUUUCGGACAGGACUCCGGCGGGUAUCACUUAUUACGCGAAUAAAUGCGGAACUUAGUCGGACGCGCGGUUCCGACUAACGGUUGGAAGAGUUGGCUUUCUUUCGGUCGGUUUUGACGUGCUGUGUGUCGGUUUAAUUAAAUCCCCCGUUCCUCCUAUGUGCCGAAUAUGCUCAGCUCCAGGGCCGUCUGGAGGAAAGGAGGACAAGAUCUUACUUCGCUUAGUGAGGUAAUCGCUUGGAAGGAUCGGGAAUAAAUCGUACAAGUAUUUAAUUUGGUAGAAAACGAUAGGAGCGUGGUUUAUUCAUGGAUAGGAUACAUGAGAUCGAUACAUGAUAUAGAUAAAAAACCAGUAAAACUCGUAAAAUGUUGGCAAAACUGGAACCAAAUUGGAUUUUAAUAAAAUCUAUUGAUUGCGGCGACGAAGCUGCUGAGUGGCUAAACACGUGUCUCCGGAAGUCUAGUUUGCGUUUAAUACGAGCAGAAUAUGAAAUUACCGACAAAUCAAUACUAAAUCGAAAUGAUGUGUUAAUAUUAAAUGAAGAAGAUGUUGAAAAUUGGGAUUUUACGGCUUUAACGCAUUGCGUAGUGGUAACGCAAGAAUCAUUAGAAAUGUUCUAUUACUCAGAUCCUUUAGCAGUAAAACUUCGACCACAUAUUUUAAUUUCGAGUCCUGGAUACCCUGCUUUUGCGGAGCAAACUUGGGAAUGGAUAAAGAUCGGCAAUGUAAUCACGAGGAAUUUGAUGCCUGUCUUGAGGUGUGUAUAUAUCGUUUGUUAUGUUGCUCAGAGAAUUAAAUACCUUUUGGAUGUUUUUUUCGUGCAAAUCCAAUAUUCUGAAAAAUAACUUAAUAUACUCC